AAGACCCAAAAUAUUUGUAAACGUGCACCGUGGCGACGCGUUGACCUGCCCAUUUCUUCAGUUCCGGCUCCUUUGCUUUGUCUGUGUCAGUGGCUCUCAGAUCCGCCAAACCCGGCCGCAGAGAGAGAUCAGCACCCACCAUGGCCGCGGCCUCCCCUCCGCUCCUCCCCACCUCCGUCGUCCCGGCGGCAACACCAGCCCCCUCACCCAUUCCGACCGCCGCCGACGCCAACCCGGCCGCGGCUCGCGCCUUCCUCUCCCGCCUCCUCGACUCCGCCAGGCGCGCGCUGUCCGGCGCCCGCCCCUGGUCCGAGCUCGCCGACCGCUCCGCGCUCUCCCGCCCGGACACCCUCUCCGACGCCACCUCCCGCCUCCGCAAGAACCUCGCCUACUUCCGCGUCAACUACGCCGCCGUCGUCGCGCUCUCCCUCGCCGCCGCGCUCCUCGCCCACCCCUUCUCGCUCGCGGCGCUCCUCGCCCUGCUCGCCGCCUGGUGCCUCCUCUACGUCCUCCGCCCCGCCGACGCGCCGCCGCUCGCCGCCUUCGGGCGCACCUUCUCCGACAAGGAGGUGCUCGGGGGCCUCAUCGCCUGCUCCGCCUUCGUCGUCUUCCUCACCUCCGUCGGCUCGCUCAUCUUCUCCGCGCUCGCCCUCGGCGCUGCAGUCGUCUGCGCGCACGGCGCAUUCCGCGUCCCGGAGGACCUCUUCCUCGACGAGCCCGACCAGGCCGCCGGCAGCGGCAACCCGCUGCUGUCCUUCAUCGCCAACGCCACCGGAGGAGUAGGAGGACGCGUCUGAUGAUCGCCACCACUGCUAAAUUAAAGGUCAUGUGGCCCAGCCUCGAAUUGUAUGUGAUUCAUUCAUCUUCUUUUGCCAGCCUCGAAUUGUAUGGAUACUAACGAAUACAUACACAAACAAGUUUUGAAUUUUGGUGUAUCACAAAAGUCAAUUUGAUGUCUCAAUUUGCAUGCUUGCGAUUUGGUGAUAUAUGGCCAUAUUCUCAAGAUGUUGUGUGAUUUAUUUUUGCAUUGUACAUGUAGAUUGUAGAUGAAGUAGCUGCUGCAUGCCAAUUGCCAAACUCGUCGGAUCAUCCCAUUGGAAUGAAUCGACUAAUCCUAGAUAGAACAAGAUCAACUUGUAUGUCAUAUACUAGAGUGUUGAUCAUCUUCAGAAAUGCAAUGCUCCUAUUGACAGCCAACAAGGGAGGGUGGCUGCCAGAGCUCAACAAGGGAGGCUGCUCGGGCGCAACGGAGGUGCGGAGGUAGGCCUCUGGCGGGCGGGGUGCAGAGGAGGUGGGUCGCCGCUGCCGCACCGAUUUGGUGCCUAGUGCCCUCUGCCAAUCUCCGUCGACCCUCUUGCCUCUUGGGAACCCAGGUGAGCUGAUUGCUGCUGAUUUAGAGUUGGGGAAAAGUGGAUGGCACCUCCGCAAGCCUUGCCUUGCGUCGCCCCACCCCAAGCCAAGAGCUGGUCGGGGAUUGUUGUCAUCCUCCGACCUGCCAUUGCCGCUACCACCCAGAGCUCUGCUCCGCCAGUGAACUCCACCCUCCGCCAUCUUCUUCCCCAAGCGACCAUCAAAACAGAAUCCUACGGGAAAGGAUGAGCGUGGGAGGGGUGAGGAAGAUUGGGGAACCGCCGGCUCCGCGCAAAUAUGCGGGAGAGCGGGAGGUAUUAGAGCAACUGCAAGAGAACAGAGGCGACGAUUGGAUAGUGGAAUUUUUCUUUUUCUCCUUAAAUUUGGUUUGUUCUCU